AUGCACGCUAAUUCCAUGGCUGCCACUACUUCUUCUUCCACCUGCACCGCCUUCUUCACUCUCCGAUCACCAAACACCGUCGUCUCGAGGGUCUCGUCGACGCAAGCCUCGUCCGGUUGCGGAAAAUUUGAUGGCGUGGCCAUGUGGUUCAUCAACGGCCUCACCACGGCUUUCUUCGCAUCCCUGAACCGUUGCUCUUGCAUUCGCAUCGCCACCCAAGAAGACGGCGAAGACGCAAACGAUUUGCCGUUGAUGCUCAACAACGGAAACCUCCGCCACGACGGUGUCGUUUCGGCCACCGCCAGCAGGAGAAGGACCGGGAAAGGGAAGAAGAGUGAAGCUGCGAUCGUCGAUGAGGUCUGA